AUGAAACUGUUGACGAAGACCAUUGCUAACAAAAUUAAGAGCAUAUUGUCUGAUAUCAUUGAUGAAGAGCAUAACGCUUUUGCCAAAGGGAGAUUAAUAACUGACAAUGCUUUAGUGGCUAUGGAAUGUUUUUAUUGGUUGAAGAAGAAGGAUAAAGGUAAGAAAGGGGUCAUGGCUUUGAAGUUGGAUAUGUCGAAAGCUUAUGAUAGAUUAGAGUUGGAGUUUGUCACUAAUACUCUGGCUACAAUGGGCUUCCCCCUCCUUGGUGGAUCUCAUAGGGAAUUGGAGAACAUAGAGGUUGAUAAGUUGACAUUCUCCUUAAUUGACCAUGAUUUGAGGUGCUGGGAUAGAAAAGCGCUUAGUGACACUUUAAAUCCCCAGGAUGUUAUAAAAGUUUCUAGCAUUCCUUUGUCUUCUAGAUGUUUGGAGGACAGGAGAAUUUGGAACUAUGAGGAUGAUGAGGACCUCUCUGUUUGGAGCGCUUAUCAUCAUUUAGGGGAUGAGAGAAGGAAGAACUUGGAUGGCCCCUCUGGUGUGCAUUUAGGACUUUUUUGGAAAAGGUUAUGGAAGGUGCCUAUCUCUGCGAAGGUUCUGGAAAAAUCUGUUGAAAUUUGGACCGUAUUGCUUCAAAACAGAACUUCACUCUCCACCGUGAUUCCGCCAUUGACAACACAGAAGAAGAAAAUGUCAAGAAAUCUAGACUUUUUGUUCUUAGACAAAUUCCUCCUAAACCUCACCACCUAA